AAAGCCUCACGCAAUUUUGUCAAUAUAAUCGAUCUUCUGUUGUCCAAAUAUUGUAGGCCAACUGGAAUUAAUCUGACUUAUGUCUCAAUUUUGGAAGGUUUAGAGUCUUCAGAUUGUUCCAUAAUCCUAGAUAGAUAGGUUGAUUGAUUGAUUGAUACACGACACCGUCUUCAGAGACGGGGUCCCAUCCUAGUAAUCCUUUCGUCAUCCUCAUAUAAACGCGUUAAACUUAUAUGUGAUAAUUUCAACGAUCAAUCGAUUGCAACUCUUCUUUUGAUCCACCAUCCGACUCCCAGCCUACUAGAUUUUGAAUGUCCCCGAAGCAAAAACGAAACCCCACUGCGCAGGAUUUGGGCCAAUUCUGUCUCGCCGUUCGGCAGAAGAAGGAUUGGGAAAGGAAAAUUUGGGAUGAGAAGCUUGUUUUGAAAUGGUCUAUAGAGGCGGAGCUUAUGCCGCUGGGGUCAACAGUUUUAAGAGGAGAGACAUUGGAGGCUGUGAGAGAACUCCGUCGUGCUUCAACGAUACGCAAACUCGAUCAAGAAAUUAUACUAUCUAAUGGUCCACACCACGAGCCUGUCAAGGAGCCCGUUUUGGAAGUAGACAAUUCAGACUGGAACAAUGCCCUCAAAUAUGCUCGCGGUUCAAGACAUGCGCUUUGGGAGCCUGAAUUGAGGGAGAAAGGUCUAGGCAUUUUUGUAUCUGAUGAUUUGGUACCAGAAUCUGUUCAUCGCGAGCUCGAACGUGAACUGGACGCAUUAGCUGCAAAAGAACCAAAAGAUUACCAUCCUGGUUCAUUUGGCAAGGUCCAAGAUUUGAUACAUCCUUCACUCUAUCCUUACAUUCCUGGCGUGACUCCACUUUCCUCGCCCUCUAUCAAGCUGCCUCCGACCGUUGAAGGAAAGUUUUACACCAAACUAAGCAGCCUGUCUGAUACGGAAAUGAUCUCCACUUAUGCUUGGAUCCCCUCCGUCUUCAAAGUAUCCCCGGAUGGGACUGACGUGCAUAUCGAUGGGUACAUCAAUGGACUAGGUACGAGGGAGGAACACCCGGGUCUUUUCAGAGUGAUUGAAAAGAUGUUUCUACUUGCGUUACCGCAUUUCGAGAAGACAGUGGAGAAAGCACAGGAGUAUAAACCGGAAACGUCCCCAUCAGUUCAGCGAUGGAUCCAACGACGAGAUUUUGCCGUCUCCCACGAGGGUGAACUUACAAAGGAGAUGUGGGCUCAGUUCCUUUCUGAACAUCAAACAGAGUGGGAGUUGCAGAAACGUGAAGAGAAAGAAGCGAAAGAAAGAUUGCGUAGAGAGAUACAUGAAGAGAAAACGGGGAAGGAGAGUUUUUAUGUUCUAGAAGACUCAUUUGUUGGUGCUGCGAAUACGUAUAAAGGACAGGAGUUGAAGGUUGUUGUCAAGGCCGCCAAUUACACUGUAGCGCCUGGGCGAGAAUAUGAAGGUUCGUGGCACAUGGAAGGCAUGCCUCAUGAGCGUAUAAUUGCCUCCUUCAUCUACUACUAUUCCACCGACUCUGCCAUUCAAGACCAUGGUCUGAGUUUUCGCAAGUUCCGGGAUGUAAAUGACGACUUUCCGGCGGUGGAGGAUUCAGACUAUACGCAUGAGGAUUUUCACCUAUCCUUCCUCGUGAACACCAAUGUCUCUGGUGAUGGUCAAAAUUCUGAUAAUGAUGAAGACCCAGAAUACGACUCUGAACAUCACUACCCAAGUGACUGGGAAACUGUUAACGAAAGCUCCCGUAUACCUGUCACUACCACAUCACUGCCGUUUUUUAUCAAUCUAGGGACGGUGCAAACUACGAAUUUUGAUCUUGACAGAAAAGGAGAACACAAGGGGAAUAGCACAGGGAGGAUCCUCUCAUUCCCGAAUUGGCUCCAGCACAAGGUGAAGUUGGUCAAGAACUCUGAAUCCAGCCGGAACAGUAAUAUAAAUGACGAAACUGUCGCAACACGGAAAAUUUUCUGUUUCUUCCUCGUUGACGACAGCGGGAGCCAAUCCUCCCUUGAUUACAUUCGCCAACCUGGCUUUUCCAUCAGGGGUAUGUCCCAUAUGAACGUUCUCACUACCUCCGAAAUCCCAAUGCAGGAGCGUAAAACGAAUGACCCGACGAUCCGCGCGUUCCUUCGUAUCGUUUCUCUCAAAUUGACGGGACAGGAGAUAUCCCCGGAAUUGAUUGAAAUCAUAUGUGACUAUGUGUUGGAAGGAACGCUAACAAGGGAAGAAGCAGAAGGGCAUAGAUUGACUUUAAUGAGUGAGAGGAAGGUGAAUGCAAAAGGGGGGUAUGCAAGGAGGAACACAUAUUCAUUGUGUGAGCAUUGAGGGGAUUCAUAAACUGUAGCAAAAUGGAAUUGUGCAACGCGGACUUAUUGAAGAUCAUCUGUGCUUCAUAGAAACGCUUUGCCCUCUUUCAAUUAAUUCACCAGGAUCCAGACCUCUAAGUUUGAUUAUUAUACCUGUAUUGAUUAUCUGGCAUUACAGUCAAUCAAAGACGAU